AUGGUCUCCUUCACCAAUCUGUUUACUGCUGGCCUGAUGGCCACCACGGCCCUCGCCAUGCCCCACCACAUGCACCGUGACGUGCGCCCUGUUCACAAGCGCUCUACCACCAAACGUGGUGCCGCUUACAACGAUGUCUCCACCGUCUCGACUCUCAGUAGCACCGGCACUGUCACUUGGGCAUACAACUGGGCCUUUUCUGACAGUGACCUCCCCUCUGGUGUCGAAUACGUGCCCAUGCUCUGGGGCGCCAAGUUCUUCGGCGGCUGGAUCACCGCCAUCGAGUCUGCCAUUUCCUCGGGCAGCAACUACAUCCUGGGCUUCAACGAGCCUGACAUGACUUCCCAGGCUAACAUGUCUCCUUCUGAUGCUGCUACCUACUACAAGCAGUACAUCACCCCUUACUCCGGCUCUGCAAAGCUGAUCUCUCCUGCUGUUACCUCAUCCACUGAGAGCGGCAUGGGUCUGAGCUGGUUCGAAGAGUUCAUGACUGACUGCAGCUCUUGCAACAUUAGCGGUCUGGCUGUUCACUGGUACGGUGACUCUGUCGAUGAGUUCAAGAGCUUCGUGCAGCAGGCUGUCUCCACUGCUAGCGAAUACAACAUCGAGGAGGUCUGGGUUACUGAGUUCGCCUUGAGCGCUGAUGCCUCCGGUGUUACUGACCAGUCUACUGCUGCUGACUUUGUCAACGAGGCUACCACUUGGAUGGACUCCCAGACUAACGUUACUCGUUACUCGUACUUCUACUGUGCUGAUAACUACCUGUUGACUAACGGUGCUCUGAACACUGUUGGCACUGCUUACACUUCUUCCUCUACUUAA